UCCCGGAACCCUUCAUCCUGACAUGGACGGCCAAGAAAGUACACCGCCGCCGCCGCCCUUACUAUCACCUCUUAACGUCCCUUUCCUCUUUCCAUCUUCCUCGUUGAACCCUCCUCUGGAAAGUAGUCUAAAUAUUCUUCCCGACAUCGACUGGGUUAGCCUCCUCUCUGGUCUCGGACAGGAGAACAAGGUAAUGAUUGGGAGUGGUUCAAAUCAUAUGAUUUCUGAAAAUGGAGGUGGUUAUCAGAUUCAACAGGAUGAUGAUAAAGGUCAUAAGGAUAAGAGGAAAGGUAGUAGGAUGAAAAAGAGAAGCAAGCCCAGAUUUGCUUUCCAAACCAGAAGUGAAGAUGACAUUUUGGACGAUGGUUACAGAUGGAGAAAGUAUGGUCAGAAAUCUGUUAAGAAUAGCAUGUAUCCAAGGAGCUAUUACCGGUGUACACAUCACACAUGCGAUGUGAAGAAGCAGAUUCAAAGGCUUUCAAAGGACACGGGGGUCGUGGUGACGACGUAUGAAGGCAUUCACAAUCAUCCUUGUGAGAAGCUAAUGGAAACCCUGGCUCCUCUUCUCAAGCAAAUGCAGUUCCUCUCUAGGUUUUAA